GGUUAUUUUCAGUAUCGGGUUUUUGCUUACUCGUUAUUGACAGUAAAAAUCAAAAAUCAAGAAAAGAUUCCAAAAUGAAUAGAAUAUUUUGUGCAACUUCAACUGGAGAGACAAUACCGCUACUCUAGCACGAUAUACUCGGUAAAAGUAAAAUGGGUCUGAUCGAGGACGAAGUGAAUGAAGUAUCCCGAUUAUGCUGUAACGUAAUUCCAAACUCAAAACUAAUCACCUGCAUGACUUCUUUGAUAAGGGUAGACAUCAACCAGACCAACUCCCGCCAACUGACCGUCUGUCUCCGAUUCCCCGACGAAUAUCCGAAAAACAAACUUCUGACGGAGUUCAAAAGCCGAUCCAUGUCAAUUACCUUUCUGGAACGAUUUACCAAAGUUUGCGACGAUAAAGCUGUUGAGUUCGUAGGAAAGCCUCAGGUGAUGGGCUUGCUUAAAUUCGUCGACACCUACUUACGGGAAAAUCCACUGUGCAUCGUGACGGAGGAAAUUUUCAACGUGAAAAAACUACUGUCUGUAACCUCUGGAGACUUAAAACUACGUCAAAAAUCAUCUAGCAUAUUGCUCACGGCAAAGGGCGGACCGUUUUACAUUAGUGCUAAAUUUCACGUGCCGGAGCAGUACCCUGUCGAACGAAUUCAGUGGGAUGAUUGUGACUGUAAUUUGCCACAAGCGCUUGUUCGUUUCGUGAAUGGCCAAGCCAAAGAAAUCGCUCGUCAGUGUGUAGAAGCUCCGCUAAAGAAGCUGAAAACUAAUCCCGAAUUUCAACCCAAACCGAGUUUGGAACGAACCUUUCGAUUUAUCAUAGCAGCAAUGAAGGGAUUUCCGGAAGAACUAUGUCCCAGUUGCGAGAAGCUGGCACUUCCAUCGACAUCUCAGGCAGUUGUCGAAACGGACGCGGAUGACAAUUUCCUUAUCCGUAUGUUUUGCGGUCACAUCUAUCAUCAGGGCUGCCUAAAGAAAUUCAUGAGUGAGCCACCGUUCCCACCGGGCGGAAAGAUAUGUCCGGCAAAGCGAAAACAUCCUCGAUCGGAUAGGAAUCAUUGUGGUGCAAGGAAACAGUCGGUUUCCGAUAAGAGCGAACUUUGCCAACAAAGGGUGACCCACGAUAAGUGGGGCUUGAACGACGUCAAAUCAGCGGAGGCAAAGUGGGCCCAUCAACAGGCUCGCGUUCGAGAGUUGGAAGAAGUGAUUGACUUUUUGCAGUAGCAUGCCGUUACCAAUGGGUAACGUGAGAAUGUCGACUAAAUUGUGAUUUAUAGAAUGAACCAAUGCACACUGUCAUGAAUUUCAAAAUGUGUAAUGCAGAUCAAUGUUUGAAAUAUAAUUUCAAAUUCAGCCUUCAAA